GCAACAGUCAUGAACACUAAGAUCUUCAUCCUGCUUGGUCUGGCAGUCAUCAUUGCUGCAGACAGCCCAGAGAUUUUCGCUUAUGGACCUCCUCGGGGUUCCUCCGAAGAAUCAUUUGAGUCGUUUGAGUCAGGAGAAGCCAAGUACGACUUCAAUUAUGCCGUUCAGCACGAAGACUCUGGCAAUGACUUCGGCCACGAGGAAGCUCGUGACGGAGACCACACUCAGGGAUCCUACUACGUGAGGCUUCCCGAUACCCGUCUGCAGAACGUCAAGUACGUCGUAGACGGUGACGACGGCUACGUGGCCGAGGUGAACUACGAGGGUGAGGCUCGUUUCCCCGACUCGUAUGAGUCUGCUUCCUUUGAGUCUCGUGAAUAUAGUCCACCAAGGCCAGUCUACACCUAUGACUCAAACGAGUCUAAGUAAACUUUUAGAUUUUGGACUAAUGAAAAAAAAAAAAAAAUAGCGGAUAAGGAUAUCUAUUGUAUAUUUAUUACAAAAUCUAAUAAAAGCAUGAGUAAAUGCCUGUUUUUUUUUUGUUUUUGUUUUUCUUAGGUUAUGUUAAAUAAGUAAAUGCUAAGCUCAAAGUC